AUGGGUCAAUUGAUGACUUGUACCUCGCCAUAUUGCAUUGCAUCUGAUCCAUGGUCAUUCUGGAGGCUCUUGCACAGGAGGCAUGUGGCUGCUGCCGGAUCCAAAAGAUAUGAGGUAUGGCCCCCAUGCUCCUGCACUACUUACUUGUGUCUGGUGCCUGUAAUGCUGAGAUAUUCUGAUAUGAUCCAUUGA